CAAAUAGCUAUGUGAGCCCUACUGCCUAUCAUUGCGAUUCCCCUUCAAAAAGAAAAUUAUAAUGCCGCUAUACCAUGACGGAAAAACAGCAGCGACGAGACUUGGAUGGACGUACCACCCUGACUUGGAGUCAACUUCCGGAAAUCUGGCGACGACGAGAUAAUAUUCAUCUUCUUCGAGGGUAUAGGCCUUUGAAUGAGAGUUAUACACAAUGUCUGGCUAGUCUCUUUCACAUCCACAAUGAGACUGUGAAUAUCUGGACGCAUCUGCUCGGUAUACCGCUGUUUCUGCUUUCUGGGUUCCACCUCUGGAUGAUCGUGUCGACACAGUAUUCUUCUUCCUCGAAUCAUGAUAUAGUGGUAUUUGGGUGUUUCUUCGCUGGUGUCACUAUCUGUCUAUCUUUGUCGACCGCUUUCCAUACAUUUUCUGCUCAUUCAAAGGAUGCGCAUGAUCAUUUCCUCCUACUGGAUUUCAUGGGUAUACUUGCUUUGAUAGCCGGAUCGUGGAUCCCAGGGAUCUACUAUGGAUUUUACUGUCAUUCUACCGCUAGUCAGAUUUACUGGAGUAUGAUCUGCACCACCACCACAAUCUGUGCAAUGGUAAUAGCUAUACCAUAUUGCCGCACGUCAGCUUGGAAACCAUUCCGCACAAGCAUGUUUAUAACGCUUGGUCUCAGUGGAAUUAUACCAAUGACCUAUGCCGCGUAUACUUUUGGUAUCGCACAAGCGAAUUUGCAAAUGGGUUGGAAAUACAUCGUCUUGGAAGGUAUCUUUUAUCUCUGCGGCGCGGUAAUCUAUGCGUGCAGGAUACCCGAACGCUGGUACCCGGGCAAAUUCGACAUCGUGGGGGCUUCACACCAGUGGUUUCAUGUAUUCGUGUUGAUGGGUGCUGGUGCGCAUUUGAUGGGCAUCGUUCAAGCGUUUCGAUAUAACCAUCAUCCUUUCACCAGAAUGUGCGAGCAUUUCUGGGCAUGA